GGCGUCAUUAACGGCGUUAAAAGGAAUCCGCAACUUUUCCGUUAACCGAGUCAGAUAAUAAAACAGUGAAACGUUCAUGAGGAACAUCUGUCGUCGUAGCGGACUUGAAACGCACGUUAUAUGACGACUUACGUCACUUUGGAUUUCGAACUCAUUAAAUAAAGCUCUUGGAAUCCGCACAACACUCAUCUCAGUUCCAACAGCAAGAGUCGCAGUUCAUCAUCUCCGUCCGUCAGUGUUCCUCUCUUCUCUCCUCUCGUUGUCUCUCUUAAGAAACAACAUGGACUGCACUGGAAUAGUGCCUUUUAGGAUGGACGGGAUACCUGAUUCUCCUCAAACUUUUCCUGGAUUCAAGUGUUGUGACAGUGUUGAUGAGAAUCUUUGCCAUUCAGUUAAGGAGAAAAUGGAACUUAAACAUGACAAUAUCUUCGUGGACAGUUUCUUAGGCCUUGGUAUGGAGAAUAUGGGAAUAAACUCUAAGAUGGAUGAGUUUUCACUUGGACUAACUGACUUUAGCUUUCUCCCAGAUGUUUAUGGUGGUGGACUAGAUCCUUGGAGCAAGCAAGAUCGGGAAGCAGGUUUAAAGCCAGAAAUUCUUGAUGGUUUUCUGGAUGAAGUUGAGGAAGUGGAACACAUCUACGCAUCACACCAUCCUUCUUCUACUGCUAAUCAUUCCCUUCCAGAAAAACAAGUCAAAAAGGAGUCAUCUGAAUUAGAUGGUGAACCUUAUGGUCUUAUGAACUUCAGCUCAGAAACUUAUUCUCCUAAUAGAAGCACUGAAUCCAGUGGAAAUGUUAAAGAUGGUUUUGCUACAAGAAACUCAAACGAGAUGCACUGUUCUUCUUAUGAGUCAGAAGAUGACAGGAAACCACUGUCCACUCUACUAGGCUCUUGGGUUGGACGAGGCAGGAGUCGAAACAAGAACUUGCUCAACACCCGUUAUAGUAGAUUAGAUUCUUUCAGUGAAGCAAAGUCUUGUGUGUCCUAUGACUUCAGGCCUCGAAAAGAACCUCUGGAGAAUUACAUUCAUCAUACAACGGAGAAUACAUUAUCAUCUGAGAGCGAAGAUGAUUUAUCAGUAACAAUCAAAUCCAAGAGCAGAGGUGACAGGAGAAAGCAUCAGAGGAUGUGGACUAUUGAUGAAGUGGUGAAGUUGCUUGAUGGUAUCUCUCACUUUGGUCUUGGCAAAUGGACUGAUAUAAAGAACUCCUUCUUUCAUUCUGCAUCGCACCGCACGCCUGUCGAUAUCAGAGACAAAUGGCGUAAUCUACUGAAAGCAAGUCACAGAUACAGGCAUAAUGGUGAUGAAGAGGGUGAAGAAAAACGACGGUGGUCAGCGGGUCGUACUAUCCCUAAGGAUAUACUACAUAGGGUAAGAGAACUUGCUUCGCUCCACUCCAAGUCCAAGCCAUUGUGUGACGUUCAUAGCUCCUCAAGAAGCUCAAGUACUUCAAGGAAGAAGAAGAAGAAGAAAAAGUGGAGUUGAGUCUAGUUAUUAAGAUCGAUACCAAAUCAUUUGAACUGUAUUGGCCUUGUUUAUGUUCUCUUUAGGGUAUCAGUUUUAUUUGCAUCAUCUGCAAGUUGUUAUAUGAAACCGAGAAUGAAAAAGCUUUCUGAUA